UCCAAAAGAGUGUUAUUUGGGUUGAAUCAAUCAGUCAGUAUGUUAUUUUUGUGAAUAUAAUUUUGGGGUAUAUUAGUAGAAUUGGGUAGGUAUAGAAAUAGAGAAUAGGAAGCCUUGAGUAUAGUAUAAUUUGUAUCUUUUGUAUAUUUAUCCAAUCAAGCAUGAUAAAAAGUUAAAUUUUGAAUCAUUUAUUUGUGGGUGUAGUUCAUUAGACAGUAUUUCAAUUUUCUGUAUGAACAUUAUUUGGGUCAUGUAUGCGCUUUGUGAUAGGGAGGACUAGUAAUAGGUUCGAAGUAUAGGUUACCUAUGUCAGGAUAUUUUCUUAGAAAUAGGGUUAUAAACACACUUCAAUCAGACACAAUGGCAUCAAAUGAGAGCACCACAACAAAUUUCGAAAGCAGUGAGGGAAGCACAGACAACACCAUUGAAAGUCAGGAGCAAUAUUCACCGGAGAUGUUACCGAAUUCUGACAUGGUAAAUCAGCCUGGUGACUCUCACGACGACCAAGAACAAAUUCCGAGUGAAAAAAGCGGUAAAGUAGGACUAUCAGGGAACGAAAUGGACAAGAUUUUCAACUUAUUAACAAGUAUGAGGGAAGAUAUGGGUGCCAGUUUCGAAGAAAACAGUAAGAAAUUGGAAGAGAAUAAGAAAGAAAUGAACGAAAAGUUAGAAAAGUUAAGUAGCAAUGUAGAACAGCUGGAGAGAAGAUUUGAGAAGAAAAUGGAGGAAAAAACUAAAGAGAUUUGUGGUGAGAUAGCAAUAAAAAUAACAGCAGUUGAGAAAAACGUCGAGAGAAUAGAUAAGAGACUUUCAACAGAGAUCGCAUCGGUGAGAAAGGAGCUACCAGAGAGAUCAGGUGGAAUGGAUAAUGCAGCCUUUAAAAGAUUUGAGGAGCAGCUCGCGGAAUUUCACAGAGAGAAGGAGAGGAUGAAAACGGAAUUCGAGAAGGCUAGGACAUAA